AUGGGAGAAAAGAUUCUCAACUAUCCAAUACUGUCCAAUACUGUGAAUCAGAAGAGUAAUUGGUCAAUCAACUGGGAAUCAUCGGCCGAUAAGUGUGACCCCAAGGGACUUUGUGGCUUGAAUGGGUAUUGUACUAUCAUGGAUCAGUGGGGCGUAUGCAACUGUAUUCCUGGUUUCAACUUCAUCAAUGAGAGUCGCCCAAAUUUGGGUUGCCAGCUGGCAAAGUUAGAAGCUGAUCAGAGCUGCGGAAAUAAAACACAAAAUAGCAUCUCCAUAAAUACAUUGGAGAACACUGUAUGGGAAGACAAUCAAUAUUCAAUUUUAUUAUCCUCAACUGAAGUAGAAUGCCAAAAUGCUUGCUUGGCAGACAGUAACUGUGAUAUUUCAACGCUUAAAGACCAGAAUUGCAGAAAAGGGAAGCUCCCAUUGAGAUACGGAAGAAAGUUACAAGAUACAUCCGCCACCAUCACCUUAACUUUUGUUAAAGUCAGCAGGAUGAAUUGUAGUAGUCUCACCCCUCCAAGUGAUCAUGGGGCGGUAACAAAAGGAAGCAAGGGUGGAGCAAGUAAAGGUAUGUUAAUUAUCAGUCUUGCAUUUAACGGUUGUGCAUGUGUGGUAUUAGCAAUUUUCGGCUUUCUUGUUUACCGGUACCGGAUUUUGGUGUAUAAGAAGAUAUCCUCAUAUCAGGCAAACAAUAUAGGAUUAGUUGAGGAGAUCGGAGGACUUCGAUCGUUUACAUAUGUUGAGCUUGAGAAAGUGACAGAAGGUUUCAAAGAAGUGGUGGGAAGGGGAGCUUUCAGUACGGUUUUUAAAGGAACUUUAUCAAAUGGUACGAGGAACGCAGCUGUAAAGAGACUAGACGACAAAUUGUUCGACGAAAGAGAGAGAGAAUUUAAGACUGAGAUGAGAGUAAUUGCCAAAACCCAUCACAGAAACCUAGUUCAAUUGCUUGGUUAUUGUUGUGAUGGCCCAAAUAGGCUUCUAGUGUACGAGUAUAUGAGCAAUGGAUCACUUGCCCUCCUUUUCAAUUCUGAAAUACCGCCACCAAGUUGGCAUGAAAGGAAGGGAAUUGCUCUCAACAUAGCAAAAGGUAUGCUCUACCUACAUGAAGAGUGUGACACCCAGAUCAUCCACUGUGACAUAAAGCCUCAAAACAUCCUCAUGGACGAGAACCGAUGUCCAAAGAUUGCUGACUUUGGAUUGGCGAAGCUGUUAAAGGCAGACCAGACCAGAACUCAGACCGGGAUCAGAGGGACGAGAGGGUAUGUUGCACCCGAGUGGUGGCACCCGAACUUGGCUGUAACGGUUAAAGCAGUGUUUACAGUUAUGGGGUCGUGCUUUUGGAAAUAA